GGCACGCGAGGACACAGGGCCGGUAUUGUGUUCGAGCGUCGUCAUCAAAGCCCCUGCGCGCGGUAGAAGCCCCCUGUCGUGUGUUAGUGCGCACAUAAAGAGCCCAGAUGCGGUCAAGUGCGCACUAGAUUACAAACGCCUGCCAAUUAUUCCCUGACCUUCGUCGAAUUAAGCCGGUUUUGCAUUCGCAGAAACAUGUACGUAAAACUCUGCAAUUUCGGCAAAUACACUGAAGGCAAGUCUGAACCGAAAGCGCUGCAGCCGGAUUCAGAUCCAUCGCUAGAUAUUCUCCGGAAGCUCCGUGUGUACCGCAUCGUUUCGCUGGUUCUUUUGGUCAUCUGCGUCCUGUUGCUGAUCAUGGCGCUUGUACUGUUUAUGAAGCUGACUGGGACGCGGCCAUGUCAGGAGGUAGAGCAGACUACCAGGUCUCUAUGGGAACAGAAAUGCAGCUUGGAGAGAUGCCAAGAGCUUUACCAAGUUCCUCAACGUCUGUGCAGUGAUUGUGGCAAGGGCUGGCUGAGGUUCGAGAAUACUUGUUACUUCCUGUCUCAAAACCGCCUCACUUGGCAGCAGAGCAGGAAGGAAUGCCAGAGGAAGGGAGGAGAUCUUGCCGUCAUUACUAAUGAACGUGUGCAGAUGUAUCUGAAUACGAAAGGGAAUUUGCACUACUGGAUUGGGCUAAAUCAUUUGGAGACAAACGAAUGGACGUGGAUUAACAACACUGCACUGACAGUGAGAUAUUGGGGAGAUGUUUCCUUUCCUGGACAGUGUGCCAUCCUGGCUGGAAAUGAACCACCUGAACGGAGCUGGCGCCCAUCUUCCUGCAGUUUAUACUUACAGUACAUCUGUCAAAAGAUGUAGAUGUCCAAGCAUCAUCUACACCCAUUGAAAUCACCUACAGUAUAUAUCUGGAUAUCAUACCUAUCAUAACAAAUCCUCAAGAUAAUCAUCUUUUCUCUAAAGAUUCUAGUUAGAAAUAGGGACAUUUGGUCCAUCAACACAUUUUUUUUGCAUUGUGAAUCAUUAUAGGUGGAGAAAAAGCAGUUUUAGAAAAUAUCCCCUUUAUUUGUAUUACAGUUGCACUCAUUUCUAACCGUACUGAUCAUGUUUAAAAAGCUUGUUUAUUUGCACUAUGCAAUAUGUCUAACAGUCACACGAUAAUGUUCUGAAUUGCUCAUACUUUCUCUGAAAUGUCUUUCUGUAUUGCUUAAUUAAACUUCCACCUUUAUAUUUAACAAUA